GAUGAGUCACUGCAGGGAGAGAACGAGAGGGGGAGGAGCAGAGAUUUGUUGCUGUUCAGAGAAAGUGAAACUAUUCUACUGUCACUGGCACCAGCUGAAAUGGCGCAGCAGGAAAAUCAACUGGACAGAGAAAGAUUCUCCUGUUCGAUCUGUCUGUAUCGACUGAAGGAUCCGGUGACUACUGUCUGUGGACACAGCUACUGUAUGAGCUGUAUUAACACCCACUGGGACAAAGAGGAGAGAGGAAGCUACAGCUGCCCUCAGUGUAAACAGACCUUCACACCGAGGCCAGUCCUGGGGAAAAACACCAUGUUAGCUGAUUCACUAGAGGAGCUGAAGGAGACUGGACUCCUAGCUGCUCCUGCUGAUCACUUCUAUGCUGGACCUGAAGAUGUGGCCUGUGAUGUCUGCACUGGAAGAAGACUGAAAGCUCACAAGUCCUGUUUGGUUUGUUUGGCCUCUUAUUGUGAAAAACACCUCCAGCCUCAUCUUCAGUCAGCUCCAUUGAAGAAGCACAAGCUGGUGGAGCCCUCGAAGAAGCUCCAGGAGAACAUCUGCUCUCGUCAUGACGAGGUGAUGAAGAUGUUCUGCCGCACUGAUCAGCAGUGUAUCUGUUAUCUCUGCUCUGUGGAUGAACAUAAAGGCCACGACACAGUUACAGCUGCAGCAGAAAGGUGUGAGAGGCAGAGAGAGCUCGGGCUGAGGAGACAAACAAUCCAGCAGAGAGUCCAGGACACAGAGAAAGAUGUGAAGCUGCUUCAACAGGAGGAGGAGGCCGUCAAAGGCUCUGCUGAUAAAGCAGUGGAGGACAGUGAGGAGAUCUUCACUGAGCUGAUCCACCUGCUGGAGAAAAGAAGCUCUGAUGUGAAGCAGCAGAUCAGAUCCCAGCAGGAAACUGAAGUGAGUCGAGUCAGAGAGCUUCAGGAGAAACUGGAGCAGGAGAUCACUGAGCUGAAGAGGAAAGACCAUGAACUGAAGCAGCUCUCAGACACAGAGGAUAACAACCAGUUUCUACACAACUACCCCUCAGUGUCAUUCAGUAAAUCUACACACUCACCCAGCAUCAGGAUCCGUCCUCUGAGGAACUUUGAGGAAGUGACAGCAGCCGUGUCACAGGUCAGAGGUCGACUGCAGGAUAUUCUGAGUGAGACAGGGGCCGAGAUCUUACAGAUUGUGUCUCAAAUGAAUGUUCUACAGCCACAACCAGAGCCAGAGACCAGAGCUGACUUCUUCAAAUAUUCACAGGAAAUCGCACUGGAUCCAAACACAGAUGCCCAGUUAAACACAGGAGCAGAAGCCCCCAGCAGCUAUGCAGUUUAUCCAGAAGAGGAGACCCCAGCUCCGUCAUCCAGCAACUCACACUCUGCAAGCAACACGUCUACGCCACAGGAGCUGACCCCGGAGCAGCCAUUGGAGACUUGUAGUCAAGCUCCCAGCAGCACCAUCAGCAGCAGCAGCAGCAGCAGCAUCUUUCCCAUCGACCCUACAACAAAGAAGAGCUCAGAGCCGGAGUCCAACACUGAGGCAACAGCUCCUGCCACUUCUACUACAACUGGUCAAGACCUCUCCAGCAUUGGCUUUAAAUUCUCAUUUGCUGAAUUUGACAAAAUAACAGAAGGUUUUGCAUUUGGAUCUACAGACACCAGCUUCGCGUGGGCAAUUACUGCGGCAACAGUGUUAGGGAAUGCAAUGCCCUCAGCACCAAAGAGCUCGUCAAAAAAUAUGGACAUUCAUUUUGAAAGAAUAGUGUCUCUACCAGAGGUAGAGACAAGGACUGGAGAGGAGGACGAGGAAAUUCUGUUUAAGGAGCGUGCCAAGCUGUACCGAUUUGACCGGGACCUCAGUCAGUGGAAAGAGCGCGGAGUAGGUGAUCUCAAAAUCCUCUUCCAUCCGUCCAAACAUUUCUACCGAAUCCUGAUGCGGCAAGAGCAAGUGCUGAGGGUUUGUGCAAACCACAACAUCACAGAGGCAAUGGAGCUCAAACCUAUGCCCGUCUCAGCUAACGCGCUGACAUGGACCGCUACUGACUACUCAGAUGGCCAUGGCGAAGUCGAGCAGCUGGCGGCCAAGUUCAUAACGGCUAAGAUAGCUGAAUCAUUCGAAAAGACAUUCCGCAAGUGUCAGAACCAAAUAGACCAGAGUGGCGGCGAUGACUCGUCUGUCUUGUCACCACAGAUGUCUAGAAUUCAAGAGCACUCCAGAGACAGUAACCCGCAGGUGUUCCUCAAAGUGUCAGCCAACGACCAAACACUGGGCACCAUUACCAUAGAGCUUUUCUCCCAUAUUGUGUCCAAGACGGCAGAAAACUUCAAGGUUCUCUGUACCGGGGGGAGAGGCUUCGGACUGCGGAACUCCGUCUUCCACAGAGUCAUACCAGGCUUCAUGUGUCAGGGUGGUGACAUCACAAAAGGGGACGGCACAGGAGGCAAGUCCAUCUACGGCAGCAAGUUUGAGGAUGAGAACUUCGACGUUCGGCAUACGGGCCCAGGAAUCGUGUCAAUGGCCAACCGUGGGCGCCACACCAACAACUCCCAGUUCUUCAUCACGCUGAAGAAAGCCGAACACCUGGACUUCACACACGUGGUUUUUGGUUGGGUGCGGGACGGCAUGGAUGUGGUGCAGCAGAUGGGGGAGCUGGGCACGAAGGGAGGCGUGCCCACAAAGAAGCUGGUCAUCACAGACUGUGGACAGCUGUAGUUUUCUUUAAAUGUUCCGUUCAGGUUAUAAUGUCGAGGUCAUAGGGGACUUACAGAAAACGAUGUGUUCCCAGUGUGACCCAUUCUCUCCUGCUAAAACUCAAACUACGCUCAUCACUGGACGACUGGUCAACACCUGACUCCAGUAGCCUUGAACUAAAAAUGAUUAUAGCUUUAGACAAAAAUAAUUUGUAUUACCUCGGUGUCGGACUCUGUGGUUGCAGACUUGUUUAUUGUUUCUGUGUUGCACUUGUAUCUUUAUUAUCAUCUUUCAAUAAAUACUCUUUAAUUAUAAA